CCUCCUCCUCCAAAAAAGCAACUCUCGCCAACAUUGCUGCCACCGCCUACCUCGUUUGCACAGUCUCGAUUCCCAGUGUCCCGCCAAUCCCGCCCGUUGCAUCUCUGCUCUUUUCCCUCGCCGCUUGCAUUUCGCUGCCGCAUCCCAGCCUUCUCUUCAAUACGCGCCGCGCCGUCCACUUGCUGUCACAAUGGCUCAGCCAGGCGUUCGAUCUCUCAAGUGUGUUGUAACUGGUGAUGGUGCUGUCGGAAAGACAUGUCUCCUCAUCUCGUACACCACAAAUGCCUUCCCCGGCGAAUAUAUCCCCACAGUCUUUGACAACUAUACCGCUAGCGUUAUGGUCGAUGGCAACCCUAUCAUCCUCGGCCUUUGGGAUACUGCCGGACAGGAAGAUUACGAGCGACUUCGACCCCUCUCAUACCCCCAGACUGACGUCUUCCUCAUCUGCUUCUCUGUCGUCAGCCCCCCCUCGUUCGAUAACGUCCGCGCCAAGUGGUACCCCGAGAUCGACCAUCACGCCCCUAGCAUCCCUAUUAUCCUUGUCGGCACCAAGCUCGAUUUGCGAGACGAUCCCGCCACUCUCGACUCUCUCCGCCAGAAGCGCAUGGAGCCCGUUUCCUACGAGCAGGCGUUGGCUUGCGCCAAGGAGAUUCGUGCCUAUAAGUACCUUGAAUGCUCUGCCCUGACCCAACGAAACCUCAAGAGCGUUUUUGAUGAAGCUAUCCGCGCCGUCCUCAACCCCCGCCCUGCCGUCUCCAACAAGAAGAAGUCCAAGUGCACCAUCCUGUAGAUGGGCUCACCACACGCUCUAACGCAUCAUCGGCGCUUCUGCGCUGACGCACAAAGCUGCACGCAAGUGUAUACCCCGAUACGACCGCUCAUGACCCUGGGCUCCAGAUGCAUCUAGGACGCGGCGCGACUUUUUCCCUUUUUCAUGUCCCAUUUUGUCGCACCGCCAUCUUCUCUAUACACAUUACACGACCAGCAUCGGACGAUUCAAACUUGGCUCAUCACCUCAGGCUCCGAAUCUUGGCUGACCGCCCUUGGCCUGGUUUCUUUUAUUAUUUUUUCUGUCCUUUUUUUUCUCUUGUUAAUCAAAUACCACCAAUUGCAAAUGUAGACCGAGUCGAGCAGAACGGAAUUCCUUUAGAAGCAACAACCCCCUUUGGCAAAGAUGGCAACAGGCGCAAGAUAUCUGCCUGUUAGAAAGAAGCGCAGGAAAAAGGCGAAGGAAAGCGGCAAUGAAGGCAACACGGGUCUUGUUUCACAUAUCAUGUUGCCCGGAACAAGGAAAUUGUUUCAUGUGGUGUGGUCCAUGUUCUUGGGUCUUUGUCGAAUUUUAUUGUCAGAUUUUCUUUCUACUUUUUUAAUCUCUAGUUCUUCUUUCCGAUUACCUCUGAUUUAUGCUUCUUUAUGUGCGCGCAUGUGGCUCGUCUUGAUAUAGGCAGAUGGAUGCAAUGCGGGUUGGGCUUUUUUAUAUUAUACGCCAUAAAAAAAGACAGAAAAAUUAUACAAUCACGUCAUCAUGAUAACCAAAAAACCGACACUCUAAAUGCCCCCUCCCCCUCUAGAAUCCUGCACCAGGCACAAUACCACGACGGCUAGGGUGUAUACUAUCCUCCAUAUGCUGCUGCUGCUGUGUCGUGGUUCCGCUACCGCCCGCCGCCUUGGCAGUCUUUUCGCGCUCGAUUCGCUUCGCUCUGUUCUCAUCCAGCUUCUUGUUCUUCUCCAUGAUCUUGUCUUGACGAUGUUGUGUCUUGCCGCCGCCUCCAGCACUAUGAGCAGUUAGUCAGUCAACUCCCCACCAAAAAGACAAAAAAACUCACGUCAACUCAACGUUAAUCUUGCGCGGCGCAGACUUGCCGUCCUCAAACAUGGAGUGGUGGAACUUGUCCAGGCAGGUUCGCUGCGACCAGACGUUGCCAAACUCAACAAACGCGAUGCCCUUGCAGGUGAUGUUCUUGUUCUUCUCAAACUUGUUGGUCAGGCAGCGCACAGCAAUAGGCGACAGGGACGCAAAGUGCGCAGAGAUUGUGGCGGCCGUAGCUGUGAAGGGAAGGUUGCCAACAAAGACAAUGUGGCGGUCGUUCUUCUUGGCUGUGCUUUCGUCGAGGUCGAUGCCGUUGCUGUCGCCCUCGGGGGCUGUGGCAGUGGUGUUGUUCUCGGUCUUGGUCUCAGCUUCUUUCUUUUCCUUCUUUUCCUUCUUCUUCUUGUCUUUCUUCUCCUUCUUCUCCUUCUUCUUGGCAGACUCGUCGCCAUUGGUGUCGGCCAUGGAGUCCUUCUUAGGCUUGUCUUCCUUUACGGCCUCAGCCUCCUCCUCCUCAGGCUCGUCCAUGUCGGGAAGGUUCUGAAGGUCUUUGCGCUUAUCCUUCUUCUCUUUUCUGGUCUCACCACCCUUCUUCUUAUCCUUCUUAUCCUUUUUCGACUUCUUGACGGCACCAUCAACGUCGUCGGUGUGCUUUCUCUUCUUCAGCGAAGGCUCGUCGGCGCCAUUGGUGUUGGCGGGAGCUUCAGCAGUCUCAGCUGCCUCUCUGGCACGCUUGCUUUUCAUAAUUGCGAUUUGUGUAUGUUGUUGUAGUCCUAAGUU